UACGUCCUUACGUGUUGACGUCAAACGGAAAUUUGCAGCAGCAAAUCUUUCUAGAAUUCUGUAGCAGUUUCGCUAGCUAGCGUUUCUUAGCUUUAAUUUAGCGGGUCAGUCUGGGCUAAACAUAGCCAUCCUCUGCAUUGAAUACAAACGCAUUUCUGAAACGUACGAGGUUGCUGCGUUAUACACUUUAUAAUUCGGGUUAGCUUCGUUUAGCCUAUCAACUUAGCCGAGCCCGAGUCACAGUAAAAGCUAAAGGUGUUUGCAUCAAUUUCUUGUUGGCAUAAUGUCCAGGAUAGACUACAGCGUGUGGGACCACAUUGAGGUGUCAGACGAUGAAGAUGACACCCAUCCAAAUAUCGACACACCCAGCCUCUUCAGAUGGAGACACCAGGCACGUGUGGAGCGAAUGGAAGAAUUUCAGAAAAAGGGUGAAGAAAUAAACAAGGUACUCAUUGAAUGCCGCCGUAAGCUGGCAGACACACAGAAGAAAAUACAAGAGUUGACCCUUUCAACAACAGAUGAUGCAAAAGCUGAGCUGAGUAAAGCCCAGGCUGAGGAGAAGAGGCUGAAAAAAGAGGAACGUGAGUGUGAGAAGAAGUUGGACGACCACAACCGGGAAGAGAAGAAGAUGCCAUGGAAUGUUGACACCCUCAGCAAGGAUGGUUUCAGCAAGAGCAUUGUGAAUAUCAAACCUGAAUCUACUGAUGAGACUGAAGAAGAGAAAGAGCAAAAGCAUAAAACUUUUGUCGAGAAAUAUGAGAAACAGCUUAAACAUUUUGGCAUGUUGCGACGUUGGGAUGAUAGCCAGAAGUACCUGUCUGACAACCCUCAUCUUGUAUGUGAAGAGACUGCCAACUACUUGGUCAUCAUGUGCAUUGACCUUGAAGUAGAGGAGAAACACGCACUGAUGGAGCAAGUGGCUCAUCAAACCAUUGUGAUGCAGUUCAUUUUAGAGUUGGCCAAAAGCCUCAAGGUGGAUCCCCGCGGAUGCUUUCGUCAAUUUUUUGCCAAGAUUAAGACAGCAGAUCAGCAGUACCAGGAAGCUUUCAAUGAUGAGUUGGAGUCAUUUAAGGAGCGGGUUCGUGGCAGGGCAAAAAUACGCAUAGAAAAGGCCAUGAAGGAGUAUGAGGAAGAGGAACGACAAAAACGUCUUGGGCCUGGAGGGCUAGAUCCCGUUGAAGUGUAUGAGUCCCUGCCAAUUGAGAUGCAGAAAUGCUUUGAUGAGAAGGACAUCCAAAUGUUGCAAGAGGUUAUUAGUAAAAUGGAUCCAACGGAAGCAAAGGCUCACAUGAAGAGGUGCAUAGAUUCAGGACUCUGGGUCCCUAACUCCAAGGCAGGCGAAGCGGACGAAAAAGAGGAAGAUGGUAUCUAUGAGGAGGUUAAACAGGAGCAGGCUGAAACUAAGAAAGAAUGACCAAUAGUGAUCCUGUGAUUUGUUUGUACAAAUGUACUUACCUAUUGUAUUGCAACUCUACUAUGUCAAGACUAGUUUGUUAAUCAAGGAUCAAUGAAAUGUUUGUAAAAUGUUUAGUUAAGGCUUGAGGGAUUAGAUUAACCUAACUAUACAACUACACUGCGACAGUAACUCCUGCUUGUGUGUAGGUCUCUUAUUUGUUUGAACACUGCUAAAAAUGGAUUCUUACAUUUACAGUGUUAGUAUACACCUGUUCAUUUGAGUGGGUUUGUUUGAUCACACCUGCCUGCUUGCUUCAUUUUGUUGGUGUAUUGUUGAAAAAUGUUUGAUACAUUUUCAGGUUGUGCUUAUAAUUAAUCUUUUGUCAGUUCUGAGUAUGACAUUUGCUUGACCUUUAGGGCUUGAGCAGAUGAUGUAUACUGAUGGUUAUUUCCCCAAAGCAACAUUUUCUACAAAGCCACUUAACUAAAGGUUGAAUUAUAUCCAUUUAUUUAAGAACAGUGUGGUGGGGUUAUGUCUGAUACCUGAAGGUGUAAAGGAGGUGCUGCUCGUCAGAUCAUAAAGUUAGAGAUCAGAAAUGAGAAUCUCAAAAAAUGUUUCACCUGCAAUACCAUGCAUGAUGAAGCAUUUGAUUAUUUACUCAUAUUUGUUCUGCAGAGAUAGUCAGUGACCCAGAAGGUAAAUGGAUGUAUGUGCUUUGAUAUUAUACAUUGUAAGAUGAUGGCUAAUGUUAAACACAAAAAGCGGUCCAUAACUGUCCUGAGGAUAACUGCUCACACACAUAUUGUAGCUUUAUAUGGCCCAACCAUGAGCAUUAUUAAAAGGAUGAGCUUUGUAGAGGUUGAUUGGUGGGUCACGUAGACCCAACUUGGUUUCAGUUUGGCGCUAUACAUGUUGUAAGAAUGAUAGUUCGCAUGGGCUUCUAGUAGCUUGUGUGAUAGGUUACCAAAAGUCCUGGAUGGAUUUGUUUGGGUUCUAUACUUUCAUUUUCAGUGCUUUUAUUUUGAAGGUGAGACUACUUGGCUGGAAUUUUGCUUGACUUAAAAUAAAAAAGGUCUAUACAAAAGAAUUAUGCCUGUGUUAUAGAUCACAAAAUAGAGCUGCUAAGUGUACACUGCAGGAGUUGUAUUGAGGAAAAAAGGUCUGAUUUUUUUAUUUUCCUCCAAACUUGUAUGAGAUUGUGUGAUGCAAGUCUGGAAACAUAUAAAUA